UUUUUUUNUUUUUUUUUUUUUGCUACUCAAGGCUUUGAUUGACCUGCUCGAGACUCGACGGCCCUGUCCAAGCUUUGUUCCCAAGCACCACCAAGCACCACCCGUCCAACCAAUCCAGUGUAGCACCAUCGACUGGGCUCCCCACCAACCAUUGAACCGCGGGCUGUUAAGCGACCCUCCUCCACCCAACCCAGCAAGUUCUAGUGCUUGGGCUGAGCGCCUUCCCACCCGCACGACCGGUGCGCGCCUCGUCGCCGCUCCCGAUACGAACAGCUCGCGAGUCGUUUUUGGCAAACAUCAUCACCACCACGCAACCCUCGCCCCGACCCUCCCUCGCGACCGCCUGCAACCUCAAGAGGUACACCAACACCCGCCUACCAAUCACCAACACCUCACUCGCCCUGCGCUGCCCACAGCGCCCACCCACGACGACAAGACGAACUUGCCCCUCCUGGCGGGCUGGGGAGGCGUUUGUUUGUAUCUGGAGCAGUAAUAGAGGCGAGGCCGGGGGCGGAGAGGGUGGGCCGUGGUUAUCUUCGAGGUCGACAAUUCCCCGCGCGCACGACCCGGCGGCGCAUACUCGCCCGUUAUGUCCUCGUCUUCGAACUCGCCGCCCGAUGCGAGCAUGGGCAAUGAUGCGGCUUCAGGUCCCUGCAGCGCGAGCGCGGAUUCUGUUCCUCUGAGCGCAACGGCUGACAACACCAGCGUCCCCAAACCCAAGCGGCUUGCUUGCAUGAUAUGCAGGAAGCGCAAGCUCAAGUGCGAUGGCCAGAAGCCGAGCUGUAGCACCUGCACAAGGCUCGGGCAUUCAUGCGCCUACGACGAGAUUCGGAGGAAGAGCGGCCCCAAGAGGGGUUACGUGAAGGCACUGGAGGAGAGAUUGAAGCAGGUCGAGACGCUCCUCAAGACCCAAGACCACUCGCCCGUGUCUGCGUCCGAGACUGCGCCCAAAAGUGCGACCGCCAUGGGCACCGCAACGCGCAGCGACCCGACAUCGGCAGCUGCCAGGGGCGCCUUUGGCUUGGUGGACCCCUCCAUCAGCGCCGCCUCCAAGUGUCGAGACGUGGACGGCUGGCAGUUCACCCCAGACUCCCCCCAACAGCCCGCAGCCAUAGACGACUUCGGCUUCAACAGCAGCAUUGGCAUGAAUAUGGCAGAUGUUGGCAACACCUUCACUUGGGAGAUGAUCGGCCUCGGCCUGGAGGAGCCCCUGCCGCCUCAGGAGACGAUAGAUGAACUGCACCAGACAUACUUUGAGAAAAUCCACCCCUCGCUACCAAUGAUCCACAGGUACCGCUAUCUGGCCGCUAUGAACCUCGCCCCAAACCAGCGCCCUCCGGUGUGUCUACGGUACGCCAUGUGGACACUGGCGUGUUCUGUAUCGGACAAAUACAGCGAUCUGAAAGACCUCUUUUACCAGCGGGCCCGCAAGUAUAUCGAGGCCGACUAUGUCAAAGGCUUCGGAGAGCAGAUCAUUCGCGUGGCACACACGCAGACGCACAUCCUGCUUGCUUCGUACGAGCUCAAGAUGAUGUUCUUUCCAAGGGCCUGGAUGAGCACCGGUUCGGCCGUUCGAUUAGCACAAAUGAUUGGAUUACAUCGCCUAGACGGCGCCAGCCUCGACGUGAAACAGUGCCUGCCGCCCCCUCGCGACUGGACGGAGAAGGAGGAGCGACGGCGGACGUUCUGGAUGGCCUUCUGCGAAGAUAGGUAUGCCAGCAUCGGCACGGGCUGGCCAAUGGCCAUCGAUGAGAAGGACAUCAUGACGAAUUUGCCGGCCUCGGAUGAGGCCUUCGAUAUGAGUCGGCCCGAGCAGACGUUGACUUUGACAGAGGCCAUGAGCCCGUCGGGCGCGGCAAAGCUGAACGCGUUUGGCGGCAUCGUCCUGAUGGCGUGUCUCUUUGGACGCAACCUCAUUCACCUGCACAGGCCCGACGAGGGCGACAACGACCACGACCUGAACGGCGAGUUCUGGAAGAGGCAUCGAGCCAUGGACAACAUCCUGCUGAACACGUCGCUGUGUCUCCCCCAACAGUUGAAACUUCCGCUGGGCAUUGAAGUGCCCAACGUGGUUUACACAAACAUGUGCAUCCACACGUCCACCAUCUGCCUGCACCAGGCGGCAAUAUUCAAGGCGGACAAGAACCGUCUCCCGCCCUCUGUGAGCGCCGAGAGCAAAGUCCGCUGUAUCGCGGCUGCCACCGAGAUCGCAAGGAUCAUGAGGAUGGUGUCGCACAUGGACUUGACGGCUAUGAACCCAUUCCUGUCGUUUUGUCUCUACGUUUCAUCACGCGUGUUCGUGCAGUAUCUGAAGAGCAAGCCGGACGACAGCCAAUCAGCAGACUCAUUACGAUUCCUCCUGGCUGCCAUGAAUGCGCUGAAGCGAAGGAACCCCCUGACCGAGUCCUUCCUGGUCCAGCUCGACGUCGAUCUGGAAGCCCUGACCACGAGGAUGCCGAAACUCAAGGGUGCCUUCGUGCGCAACAGCGACAGCCCUUCCUCAAGUGGUCUACCCAACCAAUCUGGGAAUGUGGCCCGUGGAGUAGUUUGUGAGGAACACGAUAAAGGCCUCUUAUACCGCAACGAGUGCCAUUUCUUCAGGACUGCCGAGGACAACGGCAACCCCACCGAUGCCCCUGACAUCACCAACGCGGAUGGAAGCAGAGAAGCCGCCGCCGCCGCCGUCAACGCUCUUGCAGCCGGGAGCUGGCUGAGCCCAGAUUCGCAAAUCCCAAGCCGUGAUAGAGGCCAACUGCCCGAGAUAAGCCUAACUCCUACAUCGCAGGGGGUGCUUGGUUCGAGGAGUACUGGCUCCAUGUCGGGGUUCGGACAGAGCGACAACGGCGAUACAGGGGACAUGGCGACGACUCCAAACACGGGCGCGUCGAACCAGCCAACGCCCAAUUCGAGCACGCCUUCGGAGCAGCGGCAAGGCAGCCUUGGGGCGAUAGCUGGCGCCCGGAGCUCUUUCGAUGCCAGCCCGGUAUCGCCGCACCAGGGCGCCAUGACAAGCCAGGCUGAGAUGGAGCCAGGAGCUGGCGCCUUCUUCGGUCAGCAACAGGGCUUUGCGAUGGCACCGGAUAUAAGCAUGAUAUCCGACGCCAACGCCGACGACUUCUCGGUGACGCCUGACUGGGGAAUGUCCGGGCAGACUGACAUGGCGCAGGGGGCCGAGGGCGUGCUCCGGAGCAUCAUGCAGAUGGCUCCCAUGGAGACGAUGGACCUCGGCUGGAGUUCCAACCCCUGAAGCGCCCAUCAGGCCCCUCUCCUAGGAGCUAUCUAUCCGAUGCCAUUUUCGACGACCUGCCUGUUUUCUAUCUAUCUUAUGAGACAAAUGUUUCCAUCACGACUCUUUGAGUAUUGAAUUUGAGACUUGUAGUAUACGUAACACCCCCUGUUCCCCUUUUUCGGCCACAGGCGGCGUUUGGCGGUUAUUUGGCAAAACGUCGGAAUUUUCGACGGUUGUGUUUCUUUGUAUUAUUUCUGGACGACCGUGGCGUUAGAGCUGAAUGUAACUCCUGGUAACCGAAAUUCUUGGUUACCCUUCUCUUAUUUUCUUUUCUCACCCGUGUCCACAGGCCACGCAUCACGCUCUGACACUGGAAUUUGUACAAAGCUCUCCACGUAGCUCAACUGAUCAGCAGCUGGCUCAAGCACGCAAAGUGGCAAUACAUGCAACUUCACUUCCACA